CCCUCCUUCCUUCCCUCCCUUCCUCCCUCUCUCCCUCCCUCCUAGCUCCUGCACCAGGAAACGGCCCGGAUCCCGGCAGCGGCCUGACCCCUCUGAUCUCCCCCUCCCCUUCCCAGGGCUCCACGCUGGGCAAGAGGAUGAAAGGCCCCAGCUGGGGGCUCCUUGCCACCAGCGCUGGGUCCUAAGAGCUGCCAUCCAGGCUGGCCGCCCGGAUGGCGACCCCGGCCUCAGCCCCAGACACACGGGCUCUAGUGGCAGACUUUGUGGGCUAUAAGCUGAGGCAGAAGGGUUAUGUCUGUGGAGCUGGCCCCGGGGAGGGCCCAGCAGCUGACCCGCUGCACCAAGCCAUGCGGGCAGCUGGAGAUGAGUUCGAGACCCGCUUCCGGCGCACCUUCUCAGAUUUGGCAGCUCAGUUGCAUGUGACCCCGGGCUCGGCCCAGCAGCGCUUCACCCAGGUCUCUGAUGAACUCUUCCAAGGAGGCCCCAACUGGGGCCGCCUUGUGGCCUUCUUUGUCUUCGGAGCUGCACUGUGUGCUGAGAGUGUCAAUAAGGAGAUGGAGCCACUCGUGGGACAAGUGCAGGAGUGGAUGGUGACCUACCUGGAGACACGGCUGGCCGACUGGAUCCACAGCAGUGGGGGCUGGGCGGAGUUCACAGCUCUAUACGGGGACGGGGCCCUGGAGGAGGCGCGGCGUCUGCGGGAGGGGAACUGGGCCUCAGUGAGGACAGUGCUGACGGGGGCCGUGGCACUGGGGGCCCUGGUAACUGUAGGGGCCUUUUUUGCUAGCAAGUGAGAAAGUCCAGGGCCAGGUGGGGCUAGGUGUGGCUGGGGGACAGGAGAGCAGGAACAGAGCAGAGGAAUGCCCUUGGAAGAAGCGGGGGGUAUGGAGGGGCAUGGAACGGGGAUGGGAAGGGGCAGGGUAGCGUGUGAGGGAGCGGAGCAUGCCAGGCAGGCGGUUGAGAGAGUGAGCUGGAGACAUUGUGGAAUGUAUUUGGAAAGUCUGGGGGCCAGGAGAUGGAGUCAUUCCAGGGUCAGGGGGAGGUGGGAGGGAUCAUGCCUAUAGGUGUAGGUACAGAAAACUACCUGGAGCUUGAUUUGCAGCCCCGAGGCAGCCCCGAGGCAGGUGGACUUGCUUAAGGGGUUGGCGAUUUCCACUGAAUGAGCGAGAUUUGGGGAAAACACUGAGGGCACAUCCCUUUGGCAUGGGAGCUUGAGGUUUUCAGGGGAUAGGGAGAGGGCUGUGACCGUGGGCACUGGGGACACAAGUGUGCAUGUGCACGCGUGCUCGUGUGCAUGCUGGGCUGCUUGUCUAAUCUGGUGGUGGUGGGACUCCUCUAGGAGAAAACAUUCCCUCUUGCGGUGGCAAGAACAAGGUGUGCAGCUCUCUGUCCCUCCCCCCCACCCCCACCCCCUUAUCCUGCUGCCUCAAGGCUGAGGGAGAAACACUGUACCCAGAAUGAGGGCUUUGGCUACUUUUCUGCAAAAGGUUGUCAGCAGGGCUUUGGAGAGAAGAGCGGUUCUGUAGCUGGCCUUGUUCCUUCAUUAUCCCCCUUCCUUGUGCAUUGUGCACUUGCUGCUGCCUCCUGGGCUCUGACAGAAAGGCAGGGCUGCGGAGCCCACGGUGGGUGGAGGCUUCGGGAGCUGGAGCUGCCUGUUGCCCUCCUCUCCCCUUGGGGCACACUGGUGCCUAAAGUGUUCCCUAUCUCUGGGACCUUCUGUAUCCACACUUAAACUCUAAAUUGGGGCUCUAACUAAUUUUCUUUUUGAGUGUGUGGACCUAAGUCAGAUCUGGAAUACAGUCUGGGUCCUGCACUGCGUCUCGGUGAGACUGUUGAUGCUUUCAGAGAAACAUUCCAGCUCUGAACUGUGGGUGUGAGGGUGACAUGCACUCUGUGACUGGCCUAUUCCAUGUGGUGGGCUUUGGUGCUGCUUUAUCAAGGGCCAGGUGUCUGGAUUCCAGAGUACCUCCCAUGAUCUAGAAGCACUGGUGUUUUCUUGGAAGCCAUGCUGUUUGCAUGGGUGUUACUUGUUUGCACCUCAGAGUCUGAGGAUGUUAACUUUAGAGCUCACAGUCCUCUAGAACAGAUUCGGAUGACGGCUUUUACUUUCGAGAAAGACAUGAUUUCACUCCAGCUGCAUGCCCUGAGCCAGACCUCACCGCUGCACUUUCCAAGGUGCUAAAAUUGCUGCUCUUCAAUGCUGACUUCUUCUGACGCAGUGCUCAAGAACCCUGCCCUUGAUCCUGAGCACUGACCAGCUUAGCUAGACCAUGGUUGACUCUUGGAGAUUUUCACUUGGUCCCAGAAUGUGGCAACAUAGUUGUACUCACUAGAAUGUGGGACCAAAAUUGGCCUCAGGUGUUUAGCUCAGACCUUUGCUUUUGAGAGAGGGCUGCACUUUUAAAUGGUAUUUAUAGGGGACGUGGUGGACUGCAUAGCCACUUGGUCUGUCGUGGGUAUGCUGGUACCAGGCACUCAGAGCCGGUCUGUGGCAGGCAGUUGGGGUGGGGGGGGUCUCUGACUUGCUCAGGACAAACUAGGCCAGUGGUUUUCCAACUGCUUGGCAGAGCCCUGAAAUUUCCUAGGGGUUGCCUCAGGAGUCCUUGGGGGAGAUGAAUAGGAGGGGGGAGGCGCUGACCUAGGCCAUUUGCUCUCAAACAGAACAACUCCCCUAUAGCUGUCUUAUAUAUCGGGGUUCAGGGUAAGAUUUUAUUUGCAUUAAGGGGUUUGCUGCUGAAAAAAAAAGUUGGAAAGCCACUGACUAGACCAUCAGCUCCAAAUUGGAGCCUGUGCUGCCCCAGGUUUGGGGCAGACUCUUCCCCUCCUCUUUACCACAGGACACCCGGCCCUGACAGCUCUCUUGGGAGCCUUCCGCAAACAGGGGUACAGGGACCGUGGUCAGGUUAUUGGAAAGCCCUGCUCUGAGGCCUUCACACCUGGAUGGAAGAGGCUGUUUUCUGAGAGGGUGAAGGGCUUGGUCUGGAUUCCCAGAAGCAUAGCUUGGAUGGGACCACAGUGGGCAGUUUUGAUCUGUCCUGCCCUUCUUAGCUUGAUGGGCAGUGGAAACCCCAGAGACUCUUUGUCAGGGAAAACUAGCGACUCUCUUCUAGAGCCAUAUAGUUCCUUGGGAUUAGCUCUUGGCCACAAAGGCUGAGUAUGGCUCCCAAUUUUUAAAUCAAUUUCACUUUUUAAAAAGUAAGGGAAAUAAAUCUUAUUGCCAUUUUUCAGAGAUUAAAUAGGUGGAGAGGGUGUUUCUUGCUCUCCAGAACCCAAAGGGACAAAUAGGGACUUUAUUUAGGCCAAGGAAGGAGCAGAAGUAGGGCAACUAGGUCCUGCACUUAUUAAUCCCACUCCCCACUUAUUCUAGGGCAUACACUAUUUUACUUUUUUAAAUCAUAAAGCGGCGGGAGAACAGAUUUGGUUAGUUUAGAAGAAAAGAAAAAGCUCUAUAAAUAUAAAUAUAUAUUCCUGUAUUUUUAUUUAAUAAUUUAUAAAUACCAAGUUCAUUUGACUUUUAUUUUUGUGUAAUAUGUAAUGGUCGUAUUAAAAAUAAAUAAAUAAAGCCCAGAAGUUUAAUGAGAAGAACUGAGCAGGGUUUGUGACUUCUAUACUAUAUAGGCUGGGGUCAGGACAUUUCUUGAUCUAAUCAUUUCAUCAUGACUUUGUUAAGGCCAAGAAUUAGAUUAAUAAGGAUUUGGUAAAGCAUUGAGGUAAAAACUAAAAGAAAAGAAAAGAAAA